AUGGCUUUCCUUCUGCUAGUCUGCCUAGAGAACGUUGAAGAUGCUAAUCAAAAGACAUCCCUGGAACAGCUCGUCGAUCGACGAGUCGGUCGUGAUACAGUGAUUGGAGCUAGCGAAGGAUUGUCACGAACGGAACAAUUUGUUCUUGCUGCUCAAAAACCGCAGCCUCUUACGAAAACGCCAAACGAGCUAUUCUUGGACUACCAUUCAUCAAGAUGUUCAAGUCAUCAGAAAGCAACCUAA